CGGCACUCCUCCCGCCAUUGAAGAGAACGAAGAAGAGCAGCAGGCAUGUUGUUACAGCUGUGAACAACACCGACAUACAUGGCGAGAAGAGCGGCCACGAUGUGCGCGCUGGCCGGCUAACAUGUUGAUAACGCUGUGCUACGUCUAUCUGUGGGUCCGCUUUCACAAGUGCUACUCGGUUUUGAUCCGAAACAGCCUGUCCCGACUGAGCAGCGGCAGCUUCAGCUUCAGCUUCGCAGUUUGCUCCAGCUCGGCCUCGGCACCAGCCACGGCGCCGCCGACCAGGCGCCGGCAACCCGGUCCGCUUCCUGCCGAGGGGGACGCCGUCUUCCUCCAGCUGGGAGACAAGGCCGUCUAUGUCACGGAGCCGCAGGCGUGCGACGACCUCAGCAGGUGGACCGUGCUGUUGGGGUCCUCUCUGGUUUGCGGUCCGCGCAUAGAGAACAUUUCAUUCAUCAUAGAGGCUGCUGGACACUCAAUGGGCUACCACUCUCCUCACACGUCCAAUAAGAAAGUGCUGAAGUGGUCUGAUUACUGCCUCCCUCUGGCCCGGAGCCCCGGUCAGCCCUUCAGGGCGGUGGCACAGGCCAGCGUGGACAACUUCAGUCGGCUGGGGGUGGCUUUUAUUGAGGAUCGCCUUCAGCUGGACGAUGGACUGACGCCGUCAAAGAUAAUCCCCGUCCUCCUCCAAGAAUCCACCCUCAGCCUGCUGCUGGAGAAGCAGUGUCCAGACGCCCAGACGCCACCAUGUCUCUGCGGCGCUGAGCCUUUGCUCCGUCACCUUCCGUGCCGCAAAGGCAGCCUCCUCCUCCCGCCGGAGGUCAAUAGGAGGUUGGAGGAGCGGAGAGGGUCGGAGCCGCUCCACGGCACCAAGGACCCGCAUCCAGUUUGCGACUCGGAGGACCGCUCCUUGGGCAACCAUCACCAUAUGGAGGGCCACAGACACCACCUCCACCUGUCCAACUGCCACGAGUGCUUGGAGCUGGAGAACAGCACCAUCCUCUCAGUCAAGUACGCGUCGGCCGACAACAUUCCCGACCUUCCAGAUGAUGACUCGGCAGGGCUGGACAGUGGGGAUGAGACUCUGGAUGACGUCGAGCACCACGCCGAAGGGUUUUCCGGGCAGAGCGGUGGACCUUACUGUAAUAGCAAGCCGCCAAACGUUCUGCUGUACACGGGCGGCUGCCAGGAGCGUUUUCAGUUAGUCCGGCAGAUUUUAUCAGAGUGUAUAAACAUGGAGGACAACAUAAUAUAUCCCCUCCAACCGCAGCUGGCUCUGAGCGACCCAUGGCUGGACAACACCAAGCUCCUCGUCCUGGCAGAGGAGGAACCCCUGACCCCCCUGCUUCAGACCCGUUUUCUCACCUACCUGAGCCAGGGGGGCAGGGUUCUUGGGCUGGCCUCCACCCUUUGCCCAGCAGGCCUCUGCCUGGAGGCCCGGGAGGAGCGCCGCGGCCAGGUCGGCAGGCUGAGCUUCACCAGGGAGGACAGCACGGAGCUGGAGCUGAGCGUGCUGUCGAGUGGGAAGGUCUACGUCAGGGACACGCAGGGAGGAGGGGAAGUGGAGCUCUGGGGGGAGCUGAAGGGGGACGCCCCCCACCAGAGGGACAUGGUUGUAGUCAGGGUGACCCACGGAGAGGACGGCGGUGAGGCUGUCCUCUGCCAGGCCCACCUGGAAAUGGCUCCCGACCCCCAGAAUUUGACGGCCAAAGGUUUCGAUGAACUGAAAGUCAGCAACGCGCUGCGUUAUGAAGUCUUGACGGAGAUCCUCACCUCUCUGGGCCUCAGCUGCGAGCUGAACGAGACCCCGGCCCCGAGCCCAGUCCACCUGCUGGCCACCUCUCAGGAGGCCAAGACCAUCUCCGUGGAUUGGCUGCGGACGCAUGCUGAUGAAAAUGGCCUCCUCGCGCUGUCCAAGGCCUCGCUCUCGCUGGUGUCGAGUUCUGAGCUCCAGGACGGCCCCUCGCUCCCCGCUGGCUCCUUGGCCCUGGUCACAGACUCCUCGGAGUCCCACAGCUGGCCGCAGUUCAGCAUGGAGACCUACAGAGAGAACCUGAAGACCAGCCUGCUGGGGCACACCGUGCUGUAUGCCGAGGUCGCCACGUCCACCAUGGACUUGCUGCAAGGGCUGACUAUGCACUUACCAAAGAACGUGGGCCUGAUGGCGGUCGCUGCUCGACAAAGCCAGGGCAGAGGGCGGGGCGGGAAUGCCUGGCUCAGCCCUCUGGGAUGCGCCAUGUUCACUCUGGCUGUCCAGGUGGAGCUGAGCUCCAAGCUCGGACAGAGGAUCCCCUUCCUGCAGCAUCUGGCCGCCCUGGCGGUGGUGGAGGCCGUCCGCACUCUUCCUGGAUACCAGGACAUAGACUUGAGGGUGAAGUGGCCCAAUGACAUCUAUUACAGUGACCUAAUGAAGCUCGGGGGAGUGCUGGUGACUUCCACUGUGACCGGAUCCACCUUUCACCUGCUCAUAGGCUGUGGGUUCAACGUGACCAACAGCAACCCGACGGUGUCCAUCAAUGACCUAAUCCAGCAGCACAACGCGGGGCACAACUGCAGCCUGCAGCCGCUCCGCUGCGACCAGCUCAUCGCCCGCACGGCCGGCUGCCUGGAGGCCCUCAUCGGCAGCUUCCAGCGGGGUGGGGCCGACGCCGUCCUGCCCACCUACUACAAGAGGUGGCUCCACAGCGGGACACGGGUGCGUCUCUGGAGCGAGGACGGACCGGAGGCCGAGGUGGUGGGCCUGGACCCCAACGGCUUCCUCCAGGUGCACAACAAGGAGCAGGGCGUGGUCUCCCUGGAGCCCGACGGGAACUCCUUCGACAUGCUGAAGAAACUGGUGGUCAUCAAGCAGCACUAGGACCAAAUCCAGCAUCGCUUUCCACAGACUGUAGCACUCACUGAGUCCUUUAGUCUGACUGUGUGUCACUAUAUCAAUGUGUCUGGGUUUGAGAUGAAUACACUGUUCCUGAGUACUGGUUAGCUGAUGGGCCUAGCUGACAUCCAGUUGAGCUGUCAGUGAAGGCUCAUGCACACAUCAGGCGGCUUCGGGACCACCAAGCCGUGAUGGAAUAACUAACGGCUUUCUGGGAGCAGUGAGCCGUUAGUUAGUUAGCCCUGUAGCCCUCAUCUGAACAGCUGACCCCAUUUCAGUUACACGACCACAGGGAUCAUUGUGGCUUUUGCUGUUUGCUGAUUUCUGCAAAAAUAAAGAUUUCUGCAGAAAUCUGUUGCUCGUGUUUUAACUAACCAGCUUCUGUUCACCUACCUGGUCUACAACAUCCUGACUAUCAACGAAGAAGUGACAAUAAAAUCAACCAAAACUAAUAUGGUAGAGGAUAAAGCUAUAUUAAUGCUGACCAUUUCACUGAAAGGAAAACUUUUAUAUACGUCAUAAUGCAAACGUAUAUUAACAUAAACACAUAAUGACUGUCAAUCAGGCCUGAACACGGCCCUCUUUUGUAAAUCUGUGGCUCAGCUGUUGCAUUGGAUUACUGGUGUACCUAAUAAAGUGGCUCCUGAGUGAA